CACCAUAACCUACCUCACAGCGGUUCUGCCGCGGCACCCAGCGCGCCGGGGGUAACGUCGUCACCCUAACGCCGCCGCCGUGGCCGGAAGCGGAGCCCGCGCGGGUUGCCCUAACGCCGCCGUCCAUCCAUGGCCUCCUGCGACGACGACUUCGGCCUCCUCGGUGACGACGCCCACCCCGCUCCCCAGCCUUCCGCCCAGCCGCCCCCGCCGCAGCAGGCCCAGACCUUCUGCUUCGUCGACGCCCCGGCCACGGGCUCCGGCUCCGGCCCCUUCGUGCCGGCCCAGGAGGAGGGCAACCACAGCUCCGAGCGCGGGAAGGCGUCGCACCACUCCAAGAGGCGGAGGGAGCGCGCGGAGGAGUUCAGCGAUGGGGGCGAGUACUGUUCCUACAUCAGCAGCAGCGCCGGGGGGAGGAAGGGCCGUGGCGGCGGCGGCGGCGGUUCCUCCGACUACCGGAAGGACCGGGAGGAGUGGACGGACGGCGCCAUCAGCAGCCUCCUCGACGCAUACACGGAGCGGUUCGAGCAGCUCAACCGCGGGAACCUGCGGGGGCGGGAUUGGGAGGACGUCGCCGCUGCCGUGACCGACGGGCAGGGCAAAGGCGGCGCUGGCAAGAGCGUUGAGCAGUGUAAGAAUAAGAUCGACAACCUCAAGAAGCGCUACAAAGUAGAGUGCACACGCAACGGCGGCGCCGGUGCCGCCUCUGUCAGCCACUGGCCCUGGUACAGGCAGAUGGAGCAAAUCAUCGGCAACUCCUCGUCGCCCGGCACCUCCAAGCCACUGGCGCCCACCAACGACGAGAAGCCGCGGCAACUGCUGCAGAACGCCAACAAAAGGUACCCUUCUUCCGGUACUGGCCCUCCUACCAUGGUUCCCUGUUCCAGAUUGACCCCUCUCUCAAAUCCGAAAUGGAAGAGGGUGCUCCUAAAGAUUGGGGGCACUGCAUUGGCUGGAGAAGCUCCUCACAAUGUUGACCCAAAGGUAAUCAUGCUGAUUGCCAGAGAAGUUCAAGUGGCGUGCCGCCAUGGUGUUGAGGUGGCUAUUGUCAUGGGAGCUCGGAAUAUAUUCUGUGGCGACAAUUGGGUUGCUGCCACAGGCACUGAUAGAGCUUCCACACACCCUGUUGGAAUGAUGGCAGCAGUGAUGAAUGCAGUAUUGCUUCAAGCAUCACUAGAAAAAAUAGGUGUGGAGACACGAGUCCAGACUGCACUGAUGAUGCAAGAGGUAGCAGAACCAUACAUAAGAAGGCGAGCCAUGCGCCAUCUUCAAAAAGGAAGGGUAGUUAUCUUUGGUGGAAUUGGUGCUUGCAUAGGAAAUCCACUUUUCACAACAGAUACCGCUGCUGCACUGAGAGCUUCUGAAAUCAAUGCAGAUGUUGUCCUGAAAGGUAUUGCUGGAGAUGAUGAAUAUGGUUGUCCUCCUAGAAGCAACAGUAAUGCACUAUUUGAGCACAUCUCAUUUAGGGAGUUAGCGGCAAGAGGAACAAGCAGCAUGGAUAUGACAGCAAUUACAUGUUGUGAGGAGAACAAUAUUCCUGUUGUCAUCUUUAACAUGUUAGAGCCUGGUAACAUCUCAAGAGCGAUUUGUGGAGAUCAAGUAGGUACUUUAGUUGACCAAUCAGGAAGGAUUACUUAAAUUACAAGGCAUGGUGGAUUAGCUGUGGUGUAGCACUGGGACAUUCUUAUAGUCCCGGUGGCAUCAUGCAUGUUCUUUGCCUGCAUGGAAAGAAGGGCCACGCCUUGAUUUGCAUGAGAUACUUGUUGUGUAGUAUCUGUUGUAGUGGCAACUCUCUGCAAUGAGAAAUUGUUUAUCUGUUGUGUCUGUCUGUAAUGUGAUUGUUAGAUUAGUUGAAGUGUAUGUACCCAGUUCAGAAUGUAGCGUUGUAACUCUGUCGUUUGAGAUGUAGUGUUGUAUUUGGAGAAAAAAAUAGUUUAGCGACCUUUACUGCUCUAUUAAGUGAGUGUCCAGCAAGUAUAUUCUUGUGCUGUUGUCUUCAGUGAACCAAGAUGGGUAUUUAUGAGGUAGUAGCAUAUUUAUUUUA